AUGUCGGUUCCAACCGCGACGUCGCUGCGCGACAUUUACCCAGAAGACGCGGUUCCAGUCGAGACCAAGCGAUGGGAGAAGCUCCUGGCUAAGUUCGAGCAAGUCCAUGGCAGGCAGGCCGAAUUCGUAGCUCGCAGUCCUGGUCGCGUGAACAUCAUUGGAGAGCACAUUGACUACUCCUUGUACGAGGUGCUCCCCAUGGCCAUCACCGCCGACUUUAUCAUGGCAGUAGCUAUUCGACCAUCACAUGAGAAGCCUCGAGUACGGAUAGCCAACCUCAACUCGGAAAAAUUCCCAACACGAGAAUUUGACAUCCCUGACGGCGAGAUCCCCAUUGACGCGACUGAGCACGAGUGGACCAACUACUUCAAGUCUGGUCUCAAGGGCGUGUCAGAGCUUCUCCAGAAGAAGCGUGGAAAGUUCCAAUCAGUUGGCAUGGACAUUGUCUGCGACGGCACAGUACCUAGCGGUGGUGGCUUGUCCAGCUCAGCAUCAGUUGUCUGCACCAGCGCAUUGGCUGUGCUGGCUGCAAAUGGCGAAGACAAGGUCGACAAGAAGGAGCUCUGCGAGCUUGCCAUUGUGUCAGAGCGCGCUGUUGGUGUCAACUCCGGCGGCAUGGACCAGGCUGCUUCAGUCUUCUCCCUCCGCGGUUCUGCUCUCUACGUCUCUUUCAAGCCUAGCCUCGACUACACCAACAUCGAAUUCCCCACAACAGACCCCGAGCUCACCUUCGUCACCGCGCAGAGCUUCGUCGCAGCUGACAAGCACGUCACAGCACCUGUGUGCUACAACCUUCGCGUAGUCGAAUGCACCCUCGCCGCUGCUUUCCUAGCCAAGGCUUUCGGCCUGAAGAAAGAGCUGCCCAGCGACUCCUCCCCACUGGGCGUCAGCUUGCGCGGUUUCCAUGACACAUACUUCGAGGAGAAAGAGGGCGUGGCCGACAACACAAAGACCUCUGUGGUCGACUUCGAAACACAACUACACAAGCUGGUCCAGCACACAGAGGACUACCUCACACAGGAAGAAGGCUACACAAGAUCCGACAUCUCCGCGCUGCUCGGUGUCUCAGAAGACGACCUGAACCAACGCUACAUGUCCAAGUUCCCCGUGCGGGCGGAGAAGUUCAUGCUCCGCCAGCGCGCCAUCCACGUCUUCACCGAAGCCCUGCGCGUCAUCAAGUUCCGCUCCUUGCUUUCCAGCCCCCCGUCGACAGACAAGGCCUACCUCCAGUCCCUCGGCGACCUGAUGAACACCACACAGGACUCGUGCCGCGACAUCUACGACUGCAGCUGCCCCGAGCUCGACGAGUUGUGCCAGCUGGCGCGUGCCGCAGGCGCUGCGGGGAGCAGGCUCACGGGCGCGGGCUGGGGCGGGUGCAGUGUGCAUCUCGUGCCGAAGGAUAAGGUGGACGCGGUCAAGAAGGCGUGGGAGGAGAAGUACUACAGGAAGAAGUUCCCGGACAUCACCGAGGAGAAGCUUGCACAGGCUGUUGUUGUGAGCAAGCCGGGCAGCGGAAGCAUGAUUCUGAAGGUCACCGGCGGAUCGAUUGCAUGA